GGUAUUGAUGUGUAUUAACUGGUGCAAGGAUUUGCAAUAAUCUUUUAUUGGUAUGAAACCUAUGAUACGAUGAAGAGCAUAGUUGUGCUGUUGAAAUGGUGAGAAUGGAAGGGAGAAGGCGUGGAGGUUGCAGUGGUCGACGCAUAGUUGCAAGCAAAAGAGGGAGUGGCAACGGCAAUGGCAGCGGCAAUGGCGUCAACAGCAACACCAUCAACAGCAACACCAACAGCAUCAGUGUCAUCAAGAAGCUUCAAACCCGCGAGAUUUGUUCGAAGCCUCAUCGUGCUUUUGCCUCAGCCACUUCCCCUCACAGAUUCCGCACUAUGCGCUUGACGCACUAUUAUGACUCUCAUGAUCCCUCCAAGUCUCGCUCUUCCCUUUUGCCCUUCUUGUUGAAAAGAACUAAAGUUGUGGAAAUUGUUGCUGCCAAAAACCUGAUUUUUGCUCUCUACCAUUCGGGUCUCUGUGCAGCUUUCAGUAGAGAAACCGAUGAGAGGAUUUGCUUUUUGAAUGUCUGUCCUGAUGAAGUCAUCCGCAGCCUCUUCUUUAAUAAGAACAAUGACUCACUUAUUACUGUAUCCGUUUAUGCUUCUGAGAACUUCAGCUCUUUGAAAUGCAGAUCCACAAAGAUUGAAUACAUACGAAGGGGCACCCCAGAUGCCGGGUUUCCCCUUUUCCAGUCUGAAUCAUUGAAAUGGCCUGGAUUUGUAGAGUUUGAUGAUGUCAAUGGAAAGGUCCUAACAUACUCUGCACAAGAUAGUAUUUACAAGGUUUUUGAUCUCAAGAACUAUACCAUGCUAUACUCAAUUGCAGACAAGCAUGUUCAGGAAAUCAAGAUCAGUCCUGGCAUCAUGUUAUUAAUUUUCAAUAGAACCAGUGGUCACAUUCCCCUCAAGAUUAUAUCCAUUGAGGAUGGCACAGUUCUGAAAGUAUUCAACCAUCUGCUUCAUCGGAAUAAGAAGGUGGACUUCAUAGAGCAAUUUAAUGAAAAGCUUCUGGUCAAGCAAGAAAAUGAGAACCUUCAGAUUCUUGAUGUUCGAAAUGCUGAGCUGAUGGAGGUAAGCAGAACAGAGUUCAUGACUCCAUCAGCAUUUAUCUUUCUGUAUGAGAAUCAGUUGUUCCUUACUUUCAGAAACCGAACAGUUUCUGUUUGGAAUUUCCGAGGGGAGCUUGUCACUUCAUUUGAGGAUCACCAAUUGUGGCAUCCAGAUUGCAAUACCAACAACAUAUACAUAACAAGUGAUCAGGAUCUCAUUAUCUCUUACUGCAAGGCAGAUUCUGAUGAUCAAUGGAUGGAAGGCAAUGCUGGCUCAAUUCAUGUCAGCAACAUCUUGACUGGGAAAUGUGUUGCGAAAAUCAAUACAACAAUUAGUUGUGCGAGGGCAGACGAGUGCAGCCGCAACGGUUGUAGCUGCAGGGAAAGUCUUUAUCCAUGCCUAAUGAGGAAUUCAGUUACAGAGGCUUUGGAGGAUAUAACUGCCCUCUUUUAUGAUGAAGAUAGAAAUGAGAUUUAUACUGGUAACAGACAUGGUCUUCUUCAUGUAUGGUCUAACUAGUGACUUUUCAUGUUUCUUCUGGCUUCAUGGGCCAAAGAACCACAUCUUUGGGUUUUCCCUUUUGAUGAUGGAUUUCAGAAAUACAAGCUACCUCAGCAUUGUAACAUAAGUUUAUGUGAAACUAUAAUCUAGGACUCUGCAUUGUGGAUUUCAUAGUUUAUGCAGAGGUAACCAGUUAAAGUGUUUCAGGUAAACUUGAUAUCUAUGCUUUUCUUAGGCCCUUAUAUUUUCUGUAUAGUACAAUCACUGCUGAAUAUUGAGGCAGAUGAGACAUAUUACUUGUAUUAAGUUUGUCCUGGAAUUCAUAGGAGAACAAUGUGGGAUGGAAACAAAAAGGGCAUAUUUUAUGGAGUUUUUUUUACCUCAUCCA